AUGCCUUAUCCAUUAGGCCACAGGGGCUUACGAUUUGGUGUUGGCCUGGUCCGUUUUGAAAAUUCAGUUUGCAUUACCGUUGGUAAUUUGAUGGGUACUUGUUACACACGAAGACAAUGCAACAGUGUAUCCGGAAUAGCUUCAGGAAGAUGCGCCCAAAAUAUAGGAGUGUGUUGCGUUGUUUACAGGACUUGCGGCCAAUCGUCCAGUUACAACAAUACGUACUUCACCAACGCAGGCUUUCCAAACCCCAUUUCUUCAGGAGGAAGAUGCACCAUGACAAUAAUUAAAUGCAAUCAAGACAUUUGCCAAGUGCGGAUAGACUUCUUAAGUCUGACAUUGUCUCAGCCUAAUCCUACAGGUGUGUGCUCAACUGACGCUCUUCAAAUAACUGGUGGAGCUGGCCCAGUGCCAAUUAUUUGCGGCGAGAAUAGUGGCCAGCAUGUUUAUGUGGACUUCAACGGAAACGACACCAUUCAAAUGACCAUCUCCACCGCAGCUGCAGCUUCCUUGGGGCGAAACUGGAACUUGAAGGUCACUCAGAUUGGAUGCGACUGUCCUACCAGAGCUCCCAUUGGAUGUUUAAUGUACUACACCGCGAUCAGCGGUACCGUUACCAGCUUCAACUACGGCGCAGCAGCCAACGCCAUAGACCCCACCACCGGUUUACCAGGAACGCGUGAGCUGGUCAACGAGAAUUACGGAGUGUGUGUGGCAAUGGCACCGGGUUAUUGUUCCAUCGAAUGGAGCCAGGCCACGACUAAUUCGUUCGUCGUCAGCGGUUCCCCGUCGGAGAUGCCCGGCGUCACUCUGAACGGCGACUGCACGUCGGAUUUCGUGGUGAUUCCGAAUCCAGUCUACCCGAAUGGUACGUCGGUUGGUACCGACAGGUUUUGUGGGACUGAGUUUCCCACUGUUAUAACUUCGUCGAAGCCCUUCGUGUUGACGGUGGUGACGAAUGGGAAUGAAACUGGGGACAACUCUAACAUUGGGUUUGCUCUAAAUUAUCGACAGUUGCCUUGUUCAACAGGAGUUAAUGGCCUAACUUUGGGCUAG